AUGAUCCCAAAAUUAGCCCAGAAUUACCCAAAAAUCGCCAAACGGACACCAUGGCACCGGGCGUGGGUGGACGCCUGCGCCGGCCUCUUCGGGGGCGCCGACAUCUGCGGGGUGGAGGCGCUGAGGGACCCCGACGGGCAGGAGCACAUCGUGCAGGUGCUGGGCUCGUGGCUGCCGCUGCUGGGCCCGGGCGCGGCCGAGGACCAGGCGCAGAUCGUGGAGCUGGUGCUGGAGCGGAUGAGGGAGGAGCUGCCCCGCCCCCGCAGCCCCUCCCCCGCCCGGCCACGCCCACAGGCGUCGGCGACCUCGGGGACCCCCAGGCCGGGGACCCCCCCCCAGCAGAGACCCCAGCCCCAGGGUGCGCCGCCCCCGUCUGGCCCCGCCCAGCCCCGCCCCCCGCCGCAGGGCCAGCCCCGCCCACAAAUGGCUGGAGCGUCACCACGCCCUGCCCAGCCGGGCACCGCCCAACCACGAGGCCCCACCCAGCCCCGCCCGCUCGCGGCCCAGCCCCGCCCACAAACCCCGGCGGCCACGCCCCAGCCACGCCCAACCUCCCCGCAGCCACGCCCACAAACCCCGCCCAGCCCUGCGCAGCCACGCCCACAAACCCCGCCCGGCUCGCCACUGCCACACCCACAAGCCCCACCCACUUCACAGCCACGCCCACCUCUGGCUGCCUCGACAUCUCAGCCACGCCCACCCAGCCCACAGCCCCGCCCACAAGCCCCACCUACCUCCCCGCAGCCCCGCCCACAAGCCUCUCCCACAUCCCAACCCCGCCCUCAAGCCCCACCCACCUCACAGCCCCGCCCACCCGGCCCAGCCAUGUUCCCCCAGCCAAGGCCACAAGCACCGCCCACUUCACAGCCCCGCCCCCAAGCCCCUCCCACAUCCGCCCCUCAGCCCCGCCCCUCCAGCAUGGCGACAUCACCCCAGCCCCGCCCCCAAGCCCCGCCCACCUCCUCCCCUCAGCCCCGCCCCCCAGGCCCGGCAACGUCACCCCAGCCCCGCCCCCAAGCCCCGCCCACCUCCCCCCAGCCCCGCCUCCAGCGCUCCCCCUCCGUUCCCCAGCCCCGCCCUCAAGCCCCACCCUCCUCCACCACGCCCCGCCCCCCUGGCCCGCAGGCCCCGCCCACCACCCGCCAGCCCCGCCCCCAAGCCCCGCCCAUCGCCCCCAAACCGGCGCUGGCCCCCAAACCGGGUGGGGCCCCUCCCCCCAGCCCCGCCCCCGAGCAGGGGCCCCCCGAGAGCCUGCGGGCGCUGCGGCAGAGCUUCGCCAGCCUCUUCGAGUGAGCCCCGGAAUGCCGGGGGGACCCCAAAAAUACCCGGGGGGACCCCAAAAAUACCCGGGGGAACCCCCAAAAA